AUGUCCCACGACAUCGGCAAGGCGGUCGUCGCCUCCUCCGAGAUCUACGCCGAAAAGGGCACUACCCACACCGAAGAGGUCAUCGCCGCGCGCUCCCUCGAGGCGCGCGUCCGUAACCCCCUCGAGGGCAUCCCCCGCGACGAGCUCAUGCAAAACGUCGCUGACUUUGCCGCCACGCGCGGCCUCACCGAGCACCUCGCCAUCCUGCGCAAAGGCGCCCUCGUCGCGCAGAACCCCAACGAUAUUUACCUGCUCGAGGGCACCGACGAGGCGCUGACGCCGGAGCAGGUUGCCAUCCUGGAGCGCGAGAGCACGAAUAAAUGGGCCAUGCCGGCGCGCCUGUUCUGGACGAUUGCCAUGUGCUCGAUUGGCGCGGCCGUGCAGGGCUGGGACCAGACGGGCGCCAACGGCGCGACCAUCUUCUUCCCGAGCUACUACGGGAUCGGCGGCGACAGCGCGCGCGAGCAGAUUCUCGUUGGUCUCAUCAAUGCCGCUCCUUAUAUUGGCAGCUCCUUCAUCGGCUGCUGGCUCUCCGACCCUCUCAACAACUACUUUGGCCGGCGCGGCACCAUCUGGUUCUCUGCGCAUUUCUGCAUCUGGCCCGUCAUCGGCUCCGCCUUUUGCCACACGUGGCCGCAGCAGCUCGCCUGCCGCCUCCUCAUGGGCAUCGGCAUGGGCGCCAAGGCCUCGACGGUGCCCAUCUACGCCGCCGAGAACGCGCCGGCCUCGAUCCGCGGCGCCCUCGUCAUGUCCUGGCAGAUGUGGACCGCGUUCGGCAUCAUGCUCGGCACCGCGUUCAACCUCGCCGUCUUCCACCUCCCGCACGGCCUCAACUGGCGCCUGAUGCUCGGCGCGCCGUUCAUCCCCGCCGUGCCCUUGCUCGUCGGCAUCUACCUCUGCCCCGAGUCGCCGCGCUGGUACAUGAAAAAGGGCCGCUUCGCCGACGCGUGGAAGGCCAUGUCGGUGCUGCGCUACGACGAGAUCCAGGUCGCGCGCGACAUCUUCUACAUCGGCACCCAGCUCGAGAUCGAAGAGCGCCUGGUCAGCAAGUCCAACGUGCUCAGCCGCUUCGCGCAGCUCUUUACCAUUCCGCGCGUGCGCCGCGCCAACCUCGCCGCGUUUACCGUCAUGCUGGCGCAGCAACUGUGCGGCAUCAACAUCAUCGCCUUUUACUCCACCUCCAUCUUCAAGGAGUCGGGCCUGACCGAGUUCCGCGCCAUGAUCGGCUCCUUUGGCUUCGGCCUCGUCAACUGGCUCUUUGCCUUUCCCGCCUUCUGGACCAUUGACACUUUUGGGCGCCGCAGCCUGCUGCUCUUCACCUUUCCCCAGAUGUUCUGGACGCUGCUCGGCGCCGGCCUGUGCACGCUCAUUCCCCGGGACAUGGGCGACGUCCGCACCGGCCUCGUCUGCCUCUUCGUCUUCCUCUUCGCCGCUUUCUACUCUCCCGGAGAAGGUCCAGUGCCUUUUACGUAUUCCGCCGAGUGUUAUCCUCUGUCUCAUCGCGAGACGGGCAUGGGCUUCGCUGUCGCAACCUGCCUCUUCUGGGCCGCCGUCCUGGGCACCUCGUUCCCGUUCCUGCUGCACGAGGCCAAGCCCGUCGGCGCGUUUGGCGUCUACGCCGGCUUCAACGUCGUUGCGUUUGUCCUAAUUUUUCUCUUCGUCCCUGAGACCAUGCAACGCACGCUCGAGGAGCUCGACUGGGUCUUCGCGGUGCCCGUUCGCACGUUUGCGCACUACCAGUUGACGAUCGCCCUGCCGUGGUUCUUCAAGCGCUACGUGCUCUUCCAGAAGAACGCAACCAAGCCUCCACUGUAUCACUUUGAGGCCGUGGAGCAGGCCGGGCAGGAGGGCCACAACAUGGCUCCUCUGGCGAGCUCGGAUGAUGAGAAGCGCUCCUACUAG